AUGUCUGACAUUCAUGAAGGUGAUUUGCAAGAGCUUGGCGGUGAUUUUACGGAUGAUUCGCGAGUUGAAAUGAUGGAACGUUAUCAUGAUGCUCAAGAUAUGAGAGAUCAUGCCAUCAUCGACCAUGGUAGUCUUCUCCCUCUCGCUGAUCAACCCCUCGACAUCCCAGAACGGGCAAAGCUCAAAGCCGAUAUUGCUCGACCAAUGGGUUUUGCCCUUCAUCAACAAAUUCUAGAUCUAGGCCAAUCUUUCCAUAAUAAGUGUCAAAACUGCGGUAUGCAGUACGCUAUAAACGUCGCCGCUGAUCAACGACUCCAUGAUAACUUUCACAAGAUCUUUCGCAUGGGCGGACCUACUUUUAAGCCUAAAUAUUUCAAUACCCAAACAUGGCAAAAGGUAAUUGAAAGCGAACUCCACAGUAUUCAAUGCAUUAGCUACAAAGAAUCUAGUCCUAUCCGAAAUCUCGUAGAAAACAUCUUGGAAGCCACCUUAAUGGAUAUGGAUGGCAUCCUACCAAAAUCCGAACAACUCUGGUCCAUGAUAACCAGUCCGAACGACUCCGAAGAUCUCAUCCCCGUCCCCCGCUACAAGGUCUUCCUCUACCUCAUCGGCGCCCGACCAAUUGGUAUUCUCCUCGCUGAGCGAAUAGGCAAAGCAAAUACCAUCACGACCACGACCCAAAACUUCAAGAAUAUCAUCCCUUCCCCAUGUAUUAACACAUCUAUUAUCCCUCCAGAAUCCAUAACCCCCAUCCCACAUGAGGCAUACAUGUGUAUAGAUCGACUAUGGGUACACUCUGAUUUCCGACGCAAGGGUAUCGCUACCGCGCUGGCUAAUCAGGCGAGAGAAAAAUUUAUACCUGGGCUGAUUGUGGAGAAAGGGGAAAUGGCUAUUAGUUAUCCGACUUCUGUGGGUGAAGUUUUUGCGAAGAGAUAUUUUGGGGGGGUUUUUGAGGGGGCGAGGUUUGCGGUUGGGUGA